AUCGGACAGGUUUAGAGUCGGUCAUUCAAGGUAGUAAGUUCACAGAUAGCCUCAGGUGCACACACACAGACAACCACACACACACACGUACACCUGCCUCAGAUAGUCGCAUGUUCGUCCACCUGUCGGUUGUAAACAAAGUAGUCCGUGGAGUGAUCGUCACAUGUUUGGUCCGCGAUCUUCAAUUGUUGCGCGAAAAUGAGUGCCAGUGGGUUGGUGGGAUCUAGUGCGCCGAGACAGGAUUAAGGGUUUCGCCAGUCCAAACCGCAAUGAAGAACGGCCGCUGAAGAGCACGACCAGUGAAAAUGGCACCGCAUUCUCGCAGUUUGUGGCUGGGGCUAGCACUGCUGGCGCUCAGUGCCGGACCUGCCCGGGCCCAGGACGAAGGCGCCUGCUACGGCCCCGGUUCGAUAGCGCUGGCGGUGAUUUUGUCGGUGGUGCUGACGGCGGCGCUGUUGGCAGGCCUGUUUUAUCUGUGGCGGAAGUACCGGAAGCCCAAAGAGCUCAUCCUCGAAACCGACCCAGAAAAAGGGAAAGCCGAAUACGCGUUCGACAAUCCAGGUUUCAAAGAUCCUGGUUUUACUCCCAUCGCGAAAGCCUUAGACAAAGAUAAGCUAGACGGGAGCAAAGCGAAAUGGGCCCAGUGGUCACCACUGAGCGCACUUACCACGAAGUCCGAGAAGAAGAAGACUUUGGAUGACAGUGCCAUUGAUGGAAACGCAGUCAAAGUGGUGGCUCUACGAAGCCACGACUUCACUGGUCUGGGUUUCAACAUUUGCGGAAACAUGAAAGAAGGCAUCUAUAUUAAAGAUGUCUUGCAUCGAGGUCCCGCCUCCGAAUCAGGAAAACUAAACCCUGGUGAUAGAAUCAAUAGCGUCACCAUUAGUUUCGAACACAUGGUCUACGAAGAUGCCUUAACCAUCUUAAGUUAUGCUAGUCCUUACGAAGUAAUAAUCGAAGCUCGAGGUGGAAAAAUCAUCCACCAGACGGGGAGUGGCCAAGGGGCUCAACCCAGCCACCCCGUCUACAGAAGCUCCUCAUGUACAGACCUUUUCAAAGUUGGCAGCACGUCAAAACGACGCCUCUUUGCCACAGACGACCACACAGGCUCCGGCUCCUCUAACUACUCCAGUUUACAAAAAUCCAGAAGCAACAUGACCACACUGGAACGCAAAGACUCGGAAUCCCCCAAGAACGUCCAACCGAGAGCCAAGAAAGUCCCCCCGAAAACCCAAAUGUCCCCAGAACAGCUGAAAAGCCAACUCGAACAGAAGAUUCUCGCCGACCACCAAAACAACUUGAAGGCGAAGAACGAAAAACCGGCUAGAGUGGAAGCCGAAGUCCAGAAAACCGAAAACAAAUUACAGAAGUUCGGGAUUAGAGUUUUGCCCCCGGAGAUGAGUCCAAAGAGCGCGGAAUUAUCGCAAAACGACAACAACAUCAAUUUAGAGAAGCAACCAGUCGGGGUUGACGAGGUUGACGACAAGAAGCCUCAGGUGAAGAAACGAGAAAGAAAAGUGACUCCAGAAAGGAGUGACGAUAGUUUCGUUAGGGAUAACGUUUUGAACGGGUCUGGAGUAAAACGGGACGCCAACGGGAUUCCUCAAGAAAUCCCCAACUACAUGAUGAACGCUGCAGUUGCUGCUAGAACCAACAGACGAGGCUCUGAAGACAGAGACGAAGUGGAAAAAACCCCGAAGAAGACAAAAGGGAAAGCACCUGCUCCUCCUGAAGAAAAACCAAAAGAACCCGAGAAACCCAAGGACAAUCUGGACGAAAUUCAAGCCAUUGGUGACGAUUUCGAAGAAGCUCUCCCCAAAACCAACAUCGAAAACUUGGAGGAAGAAAUCGAGGUUGAACUGAGAGCUAAAGCUAACGUGAAAGACUACAAUUCUGACUCGGACCUCGAAACUGAUAAUCAGUCUUCAGUGAAUACGAUUGAGUUAAACUCCAGCGACAUCACCAUCCACCACGCCGAAGACAACGAAGAUCGACAAAAUAGAAGAACUGCCAGUACUGGCGAUUUAACCAAGAUUCAAAGAACGAGGAAGUCCAGUAGCGGUACUUUGGAGCGGGCGCAAAGUCUCGAUAUUACCGACACAAGCAUACCAACCUUGACCAAGAAGCGAAAAGGUGGCAGAAUUGAAGACGAUAUGGGUUCGCAGGAGGAUAUCUUCGGGAAGGUUAUGAUGAGCAAAGAACCGCGAUUGUCGUUGAUUCUGGACGGUUUGAACACGUUCCAGAGGAAUAGACUAAAGAAGUCGACUGAAUGGGGGAACCUUGAGGACGCAAUCUUGAAACUGAACCAAGAAGACGAGAGUUUUUCGAGUUCGAACCAAAACUUGUCGCUUGACAAUAUGAACUUCGAACUGGGAGAAAAGACGGUCGAGUUUGACGCUUUAGUCAACAAAAUCAACGAAAUCAAGAGAGAGUCGAUGGAGUUGUCUGAAACGAUCAAAGAAGAAAAUGCUCCUCCGGUUAAGCCCGAGAAGAAAAUCAAAAACCAGAUUUGGCCCACGUUCGAUUUGGAAACUAGUGGGAAUAAAGCAAACGGAAGUGCCAUAGCAGCUGCCACGAGAGUCGAGGAGAAAAUCACUCUAGAUGACAAUCCUCGACUUCUUACGGUUGAAAAGAGGCAAAGAAAACCUCCAUUGCUCGAACCAAGCGAACCACCAUUGUCGAUGGAAACCGUGACAGUGGAGAAAAAAGUCACUAAACCGGCUGUACCUGAGAAGAAAGAUUUUUUAUUGUCUUCGCCCAAAAAAGCUAGUUCUUCUUAUGUACCUGAUAAAGAGGAAGUCACAGUCAAAACUAGUGAAGACAAACUUUCUAACAAGAGUGACGAAAGUAAAACUACCACCACACAUCCCGUUGAGGAUGUUAUCUACUUGAAUCUUAUAGAUUUAACCAGGAAUUUUAUUUUUACGGAGAAGAUCGCGUGCAGUCAAGAUGAAGACGAUUUUGGGUAUAUUGGUAAAGAUGAUACCAACAUUUCAGACGACAUAAAGGUUUCGAGACACUCUUUGGGUAGUCUUGAACGUCCGAAAUCAGACGACGCUAAAAUGAACGUCAGUAAUAUCACAGUUAACAAUCUUCACACUCAAAAUGAAGAAAAUCUUCACAGUUUGGAAAUGCGUGUGAAUGAGCAUGGUGGCGAGAAAAGUGAGGAGGUGAGCGAACUCUAUACCACAGCCCUUGAUAGUACUAUCAGACCUGACCACGACACUUCCAAAGUCACUAUCAGUACUCCAGAUAUCAUCAAAAACGUUACUAUAACGGAAGCAAUCAACAAACUCAACAACGACGUGAUGAUCCAUGGACCAUCUUCACUCACUCUUGAGAUACCCAGUGAACCUGAACCCAAACCCAACGAGAAUAAAUUCUCAGUGGACUUGCAACCAGUGUUGCCAAAAGAAGAACCCCUUGAAACCAAACCGUAUGACGACGAAGUCGACAACACCACCCCCAAAAACAACUCCUCCUUAACCUACAUCACCGAAAUCCAAGUCCUAACCCCCAACAAUACCAACCCUUCCACAAACAUAUCAGAAAUCGAAAUAAUCCCCAACAUUAACAGCAACGGCCGCAACCUCGACCACGAAUUCGAAGACUACGUCCGCAACUUCGAGUCCAACGUGAAAAACUUCGAGUCCAACAUCCAAAAAUUCGAAAACCGCUUCGAACCUCCCCCAAAACCCGACCUCAAGAGCAUAAUAAUCACCGACAACGACGCCGAGAAGGAACUCCACAAAAUCCACGAAAUCGCCGAAGAACAACUGAAAAAGCUUCCAGAGAUGCGGUUCACCACGUCCAGCUACGAAUCCCCCAAAACCCCCGAGAAGCGCCAAUCCCAGAUCGAGCUCCUGCGAUCCAACUUCGAGAAGAGUCCGCCGAAGGGCCCCAAGCCCGAAACCACGCCCAAAUCCCGCAUUCCGAUCGCGACUACGGCCAAAACUCCGCCCACUUCGCCCGAGAGGCGGGACUCCCGGAACCUGGAUAUCGACAACGACAAGGACAUUAUGGAGCUGAUGUCGUCGACGGUGCAUUCCACGCCCAUGGUGUCGCACUCCAAGUACCAGGUGAAGCCCCCGAGCAAGAACGUGACGGUGACGUCUAUAAGGAGCAACUCGAAGAUUCCGUCGGGGCUGCCGGUGCUGAGUGGGGGGAGCCGGCCGGCGGUGCCGCCCAGGAAGCACGAGGAUGAUCACGUGGUGCAGGUUUCCACCAAUGGCGGAAUGGAGAGUAGUUUUAAGCAGUGGGUGUUCAAUCCGGCUGACCAUUCGGUGACGAAUAUCGUUGUGGCGGAGAGCAAGCAGCAGAAGUGAUGGGUCUGUGCAAUUUUUAAUGUAGGUGAAGACGUGGUCGCUCAAUUUAUAGUAACGUAGAUAUUUAUGAAGUAUAAAGUUGUAUAUAUUUGUAAAAGUCAGUUUUAUCUAUGUAUUUUUGCUAUACUUUUAUGCUGAUGAAUUUUGUUGUUGAAGGUUUUUGUAAUUUUAAUUGAGGGUGACUUAUAUUAACAAAAGUAACUGUUUUCUAACAAGAGAUAUAUUCGAUAAUAAAUUACACUCAAAUAUA